AUGCUUUGGACGUUACUCCCGAGAGCCCAGGCUUGUAGACUCUGCGCCAUAAAAAAGAUACUCCCAGCUCCAGAAUACAGACCUGGUUUCAUGUGCAUCCUCUACACAACUGAUACACAGUCAAAGAAGGAAAACAAAAGGACAGUGGACAAGCUCUCUAAGUUAUCAGUUGACCUGAGAAAAAUCCGCAGGCUGAAAGGAUGGGUACUUUGGGAGGAUAACACCUACAUUGAAGAAAUUGUAAAUAUUUUACGAGAAAUAGGUGCUGAGGAGGGUGCGAUAGCCCAAAUUUUGGAACAUUUCCCAGAAGCUAUUGUCUGCAGUCCAGCUGCUGUUAAUGCCCAGAGAGAAGUGUGGCGACUAGUCUGCAGAAAUGAAGGUGAGUUACUUAAAUUAAUUGAACAGUUCCCAGAGUCCUUCUUUACUGUUAAAGACCAAGAGAACCAGAAACGCAAUGUUGAGUUCUUUCAAGAGUUGGGACUCAGAAAUAUUGUCAUCAGCAGAUUUUUAACCACUGCACCUAGUAUUUUUCACAAUCCUGUGGAAACUAAUAAGCAGAUGAUAAAGAUUCUUCAAGAGAGUUACCAAAAUUUAGGUGGCUCUGAAGCCAACAUGAAAGUUUGGCUACUGAAAUUAUUAAGCCAAAACCCAUUUAUUUUGUUGAAUUCUUCUGCAUCCGUAAAGGAAACGGUGGAAUGUCUCCAGAAGCAAAGUUUUACAAACUCUGAAAUUCUCCAACUUCUGUCCAGACUUAAGGGAUUCCUUUUUCAGCUUAGUCCAAGAAGUAUCGAGAACAGUAUUUCCUUCUCUAAAAAUGCUUUUAAAUGCACAGAUGAUGACCUAAAACAGUUAGUUUUGAAGUGCCCUGCCCUUUUAUAUUACUCUGUUCCAGUUUUGGAAGAAAGGAUCCAGGGAUUAUUGAAAGAAGGGAUUUCCAUACCUCAGAUAAGAGAGGUGCCAAUGGUUCUUGAGUUAACCCCACAGAUAGUGCAGUACAGGAUAAGAAAACUCAAGUCUUUAGGCUACAGGAUAAAGGAUGGACAUCUAGCAGAUCUUAAUGGAACCAAAAAAGAGUUUGAGGCCAACUUUGGCAAAAUCCAAGCCAAAAAUAGAAGGCCGUUGUUUAACCCUGUGGCACCAUUAAAUGUUGAAGAAUAA